AUGGGGACUGAUAAUUUUGACUCGGAUAUGGAACCUGUUAUAGGGGGCAUUGAGGCUGGUGUUGUAGAUUGGGGCAGUGGAGUAAAGUUUAGGAAUACUAUUGAUGUGGAGGUUGAAGAUGUGGGGGGUGAAGGUAUAGAAGAUAUAGUAGUUAAGGAUGUUGUUGUUGGCACUGAUAAUGUCACUGGACAUGGUGAAACUGAUGACUCAAAUGCAAUUUCUGUUAGGUAUUUAUCCCCCAUGAAAACAAUUCAUACGACACACACAGUUGUUGGCAGCAACCAAAUGACUGUGCUCACUGUUGAGGAGCCUAAGCUUGGGAUGGUAUUUAAGUGUUGGCAAGAAAUUGAAGCUUAUUAUAAGGAGUAUGCUGAGCAGAUUGGGUUUGGAGUGACAAGGGUGCAGGGAGUAAAUUCUAAGCAGGACAAGAGUAAAAGAAUUGCUACCAUUUGGAAGUGUGAGUGUUGGGGAAGACCCGACAUGAGGGCUAGGAGGGAAGCCAAAAAGAGGGCAAAGGCAAUGGGAGUUGGAGGUGCAGAGGGAUUAGUUGACGGUGAUAUAUAUGAGAAUGAGUUGAGUCGUGCAAAGCGGACUUCAAAAAAGUGUGAAUGUUUGGCCCGAAUUUAUGCUAGUCUUAAUGAAGAUGGUGCUUGGGAAUUGAAGACCGUGCACUUAGAGCAUAAUCACUUGAUAGAUCCGGCUCAAGCGAAGCUUGUGAAGGAGUAUCGCAUGAAGCACAUCACCUCAAAGGUAAAGAAGAGGUUGAUGGAUUUCUAUGAACAAGGUGUGCCGAUAUCUCAGAUUCAUGGGUGCAUGGCAACUGAGCGAAAUGGAGUGAAAAACAUGUCGUUCACUGUCAAAGAUUUACAACAUGAGGUAUACAAGGCUAGGCGAUUGAAGAUGGUUGGAGGUGAUGCAGUGGCUAUGAUGGAGUUUUUUCAAAAAAUGCAAGCCGGAAACCAAAACCUUUUCCACGCACAACGUUUAGAUGAGGAGGGGAGGCUUAAGGAUGUUUUGUGGGUAGAUGCUAGAAGUAGAGUAGCAUAUGAGGAAUUCGGGGAUGUAGUUUGUUUUGACACAACCUACCUAACUAACGAGUACGAAUUCCCUUUUGCUAACUUCGUUGGUGUGAACCACCAUGGCCAAACUUUGUUGUUGGGAUGCGCACUUAUAUCACAUGAAGACUGUGAUACUUUUGAAUGGGUAUUUCGGCAGUGGCUAGCAUGCAUGAACAACCGACCUCCUGAAGCUAUUUUGACCAAUCAAGCAGCAGCCAUGCGGAGGCCCCUACUUGAAGUCAUGCCAAACACUAUUCAUCGUUGGUGUAUAUGGCAUAUUAUGAGCAAGAUACCGGAAAAACUUGGCAAGUGUGGACGUUACCAAGAUUUUGUCAACCUUCUAAAAGCGGUUGUGUAUGAAAGUUUUACCCCCAUGGAGUUCCACGACCGAUGGGCAGAGCUUAUAUCUGAGUACAAUUUGGAGGAGAAUGACUGGCUGCAAAAACUCCACAAAGAGAGUUAUAUGUGGGUCCCGUCUUACAUGAAGGAGUUCUUUUGGGUAGGUAUGAAAACCACUCAGAGGGUAGAGAGCAUACAUCGGUUUUUCGAUGGCUAUGUGAACCGACAAACCAAACUUCAUGAGUUCCCUCAAAAGUAUUGCAUGGCGUUGAACAAACGACUCCAAGAUGAGGAGAGUGCGGAUGACCGUUGCUCGAGAAGGUUAGUUAGUGGGUUUAAGGUUGAAGAAAUCUUUCGGAAGUUAUACACGGACAUUAAGUUCCAAGAAGUUCAAAAACAGUGUUCAAGGAUGAUGUACUGCAGCAUUCGAGAGAAGAAGGUCUUGUCAGAAAGCCUUAUUCAUUAUUUGGUGCGGGAUCGUGUAUGGAUUGUUCCACCCGGUGCUAGUGAGGAUGAUCCUUGA